AUGUUAUCAAGAUCAUUAAUUAAUAUAACUAGAUCAAAGAUACCAAGAACUACAACUACAACAUUAUUUAAACCAGCUAUACCUCAAAUAACAAGAAAUAAUAAAUCAACGGCAUUUAAUCAAUUAUCAUUUUCAAGAUCAUAUCAUGAUAAAGUUAUAGAUCAUUAUGAAAAUCCAAGAAAUGUAGGAAGUUUAAAUAAAUUAGAUCAUGAUGUUGGAACUGGGUUAGUUGGUGCUCCAGCUUGUGGUGAUGUAAUGAGAUUACAAAUUAAAGUUGAUGAAAAAACUGGUAAAAUUGAAGAUGUUAAAUUUAAAACUUUUGGUUGUGGUUCUGCAAUUGCAAGUUCAUCAUAUGCUACUGAAUUAGUUAAAGGUAAAACUUUAGAUGAAGCUUUAGCUAUUAAAAAUACAUUUAUUGCAAAAGAAUUAUCAUUACCUCCUGUAAAAUUGCAUUGUUCAAUGUUGGCUGAAGAUGCUAUAAAAAGUGCGGUAAAAGAUUAUAAAAGUAAAAGAUUAAAUAAACAACCAACUUUGGGUCCAGAAGCUACUGCAAAUGCAACUGCGGAAACUAUAUCACCAACAGUAUAA